GACAAGACAUUUCACACACACUCCUCAGUCACUUUCUCUUCAUUGUUUGGGGCAGAAUGAGUCUCCAGCUGCAAGGGAGCGGGUGUCAAGAGGAUGGAGAUGAUGGAAGAAUUAGUGAGCUUGUGAGAGCAGCCUUGGACGGUUGCUGGGGGCGAGCAAAUGGAUGGCUCCAGCCAGGAGGCGGAAGCCAGCGGCGGGGCGUGGAGUUCCGAGGAGGGUCUGGGAGGGCAGAGGUGGGAUUGUGCCUGGAGACGUCACCCACCUAGACUUCAUAAAAGGGGCUGUGAUCAGGGAGCCAGAGAGAGUGAACCCGGGAGCCAGUGGCUUCUCUUGGUGUGUUCCAACUACCCAAGUGGCAAUUCUCCCUCCAGCCCUCAAGCCAGAACCCAGCCAAGCCUCUGGACACCUUGUGGACCUGCCUCUUCCUGCCAGAAUGACCUCAUUGGCUUCUUGGCAGCUGCUGCUUCUCCUCUGUGUCCCCACCUUUGGGGAGCCGCCGGCAAAGGUGGCACCUGGACCCACAGGGCAAGGAAUAACCCCACCACUGUCCAGGGACAUUGGCUAUUGGCUCUGUCUGGCCACACAGUAUAUCCUGUGUAUGGAACUGAGAUCUCUCCCACACCAGUUACCCAGAGAAGGCCAGCAGCCGGGACCCCAGGAACUCAUCAAUGCCUGGGAAAAGGGCCCGCGGUGCGCAGAGAGGAAACCUGGGGUUGCAGGGCUGCGAGCUCGCAGGACCUCGCCGUGCCCACCGGUGGAGAGCUCCGCGGGGCGCCAGCGGCCUCUGUGCGCCGCGGCUCGCAGUCGCCUGAUCCCCGCACCCCGCGGGGCGGUGCUAGUGCAGCGGGAGAAGGACCUGUCAGCCUACAACUGGAACUCCUUCGGCCUGCGCUACGGCAGGAGGCAGGCGGCGCGGGCGGCGCGGGCGGCGCGGGGCUGAGUGCAGGGCGGCGGCGGCGCGGGAAGUGCAGCCUCUGCCCGCCGCCAUGCAGGGCUGGGGUAGGGGACUUCUGGACUAGGGUAAUAAAGCAAUGCUGCUGUCUCACUGCUUGCGAUUCCUCCCUGACAUCUGCGAACAGUGCAGAUGGGGCAGGUCCUCUUCUCUCUCAGUUGCCUCUUAGCUGACUUCAAGAUGUCUCUGGUGCCAAAGUCGGUGCUUUUGAAACUAAUAGUUAAGGGAGGCCCCGGCUGUUUCCGAGUCUGUUGCAACGCAAUGCUUUGAAAAUAUAAAAUAAAAAAUUAAGGGGCGGAAGAAAUGACUCGGCUGUUAAGAGCACUUGCGGCUUCUUCUAGAGGAUUCGAGUUUGGUUCCCAACACUCAGUGGACACAGCCACCUGUAACUCCAGCUCCAAGGGAUCUAAAGCCCUCUUCUGGCCUCUUGGGCACCUACCCUCACACACACACACACACACACACACACACACACACACACACACACACAC